GGGCCCGGCGGCCCCCCGCCUCCCCGCCGUCCGCGGCCCGGCCCCGCCGCUCGCCCGCCGGUGACGCAGAGCCGCGAUUUCCCAACAGGGAAGUCGGCUCGUGCGCUCGGGCCCGGCCGGAAAAGCGGCGGCGGCGGCCGGAGGACGGAGGACGGACGCGGGGAGCGACCGUCGGUCGGACGGUCGGAGCGACGGCCGAGCCCGGCAGCAACUCGUCGCACGGGUGGCCGAAGCGCACCGGGCGGCGUGAGCGCCGGCGAAGCGGUGGGCGCCCGGCGGGGAGGGGAACCGCCGCUCCGGGACGGGAAGGAAGGGGAAUAAUUUCGACCCGCCUCUGCCGGGCCCCAGCAGCACCCGCUCGGAUCUGAGCGCCGGGAAGGUCCCCACGCCUGGUGUCCCCAUGGAGUGAGCCGGUGCCGGGGUCUCCGUGCUGCUCCCAGCCCCUCGCAGGAGGAACGCUGGCUGCCGCCGCGAAGAUGAGCGACUUCUGGCACAAGCUGGGCUGCUGCGUCGUAGAGAAACCACAGCCUAAGAAGAGGAGGAGGCGGAUCGACCGCUCCAUGAUUGGGGAGCCCAUGAACUUCGUGCACCUGACGCACAUCGGCUCCGGCGACAUGGCCGCCGGCGAAGACCUGCCCAUGACAGGCGCCGUCCAGGAGAUGAGGUCCAAGGGUGGACGGGAGCGACAGUGGAGCAGCUCCCGGGCGUUGUAGCAUUCCCGGCUCUUUCAACCCAAACUUGAACUGCCUCGUCCCCGGACGGGAGGAGCGGCCAACCUCGAGCGCUUUCGUCCCGCGGUAAUUUAUGCAACCCGAUCCCCGCCGGCCCGAGCGUGGGUUUAACGCGUCCUCACCCGUCGCGAGCCCACGCGCAAGCCGAGGCGAGCGUUUUCCUGCCGAGCCCCGCGCGGCCUCGACGUUCCUCCCGGCGCCUUUCGGUCGCCGGCGCCCCCGCGGCUCUCCCCCCUUCCCGGCGGUGCGGGGAAAGGUCGGCCUGAACUGCGCGAGGGGCGAGGGGCGCCCAACGCUCCCGUCGCGCCGCGACCGCCGCCGACCGAUGGGCGCUUUCUCCGGCCCGGCGCCGGCUCGGAAAGGACGUAACGGAGCAAAAAAAAAAAAAAAAAGAAAAAGCGAAAAAAAGCGGAUUAAAAGCGUACGUAGUGCAAACGGCAGCGGCGGGAGCCGCGCGGGGCUUUGCAAGCGAGCGGCGGAUGCUCGCGGCGGCUUUUGCCUCCACGCUGCGGAAAAGAAGCAAACGGGAACCGCCGGAUUUGCCCGACGCGCUGCUCGGAAAAGCGGAAAACGCCCAGUUUAAUGGGAAGCGGACCGGGAACGCCGCCGCCGCUGCUGCCGCCCCUCCGCGUCCCCGCGCUCGCAUCCGUGUCCUCGGCCACCGUUUUCGGCACGGGGCGAGCCGCGUGACGGCUCGGCUGCGGGCGCCUGGUUAGCGAGGUGCCGGGCGAGGAGCCCAGGCGUCCGGGCGCCUCCACCCCCCACCGGGCAUCCGCACCCACCUCCAAGCUAGGGGAGAACCCAGCGCCGCCAAGCUGGAGGAGGACCUGGGCGUCCCAGCACCCCUUCCCCGACCGCGGCAGGACCCGGGUGUCCGGGUCCCGGCCUUAGCGCGCCGCUCGAAGGCGUCGGGACCCUCCGGCUCGCUCCCCGAGGGCGUCUCCGGCGCGUCGAGAUCGAGGUCGAAGCCGGCGUCGGGCGAGCGCUCGGCGUCCUCGGGCCGCUCCGGCGCUGAGCUCAGCUCCGGCGCCCGCCUCCGCACGGGCCGCGGGGGACCCUGGGCGUCCUCCCUGGGGUGACGGGGUGCCUAGUGGGUGGGUUCGGGCCCGAUUUCCAGGGUUUUCCGCUCCCAUUCCCCGGAGUUUCUCGCCCCGUUUCCAAACCAAAAGCAGCUGCGAGCGUCGCCCCGGCCCGCCCUGCUGCGGCGAGACGGCUCCGAAGCUCCCGCAGGCCCCCCCGACACCCGGGGGGGCUCCCAGCAAGGUCGGUACCAGCAGCACAACCCCAUACGAGACCUCAGAGACUCCCCGCGGCCCCAACUCCUCUCCCCUCUCUGGAGGGACCCGUCUCGCCCCGCGACCCGAGGGAAUCCAUCGGUGGCCCCGGUGAUGGCACUUACGGCUCAUCCAAACUGGUUUGGCCGCAUUUGUGCCCGGGCAGAGGCCCCAGGUCUGGCUUCCCGAGCCCCCGGCACGGCCGAAGCGCUCCCCAGCGCUCCUUUAAUCCAGCCCGGCACAAGGGGGGGGGGGGGGUUGUGCCCUGGCAAAAAAAAAAAAAAGAUCCAAAGAUCCCUAUCCCGGGAUACGGCGAGGAUACAGCGCUGGGCAUCGCUGGGGUGAGCGGAGCAGCCUUGAAAUGCGCCCGGAAGAAGAGCCAAGAGCCGAAAGCGGAGGAAAAGAAGGAAAUUUAAUCCUCAAACUACUCCGAAAAAACAGUCCCGAACUGCGCCUCUUGGGCCGCGCGCGCGGACGGCCCGGACGGCCGUGCUCCCCAUCGCCCCCUCGAGCGGGCAAGAAACGGUUAAAAUCCCCCAAACGCCUUCGUGGUCCACCCGGCCGCUGCUCCCCGCUCCCCGGCGGCGGCCACCCGAGAAACCCGCCGCGCGCGUGAACCCGUCGGGAGGCGAAAUCGCCACAAAUAAACAGCUCCGGCCUGGAAACCCCA